GAUAUAUAAACAUGUAUCAAAGCUUGGCCCUUGCUCCAAAUCCUGGCCAGUCAGCCUACCCCCACGACUCCAGCAAUUUCCUGCACACCUCAGCGAGCCCGGCCGUUUAUGUCCCCACCAGUCGAGUUUCCUCCAUGCUCCAGAGCCUCCCCUACCACCUGCAAAGCUGCGAUCCCACCCACCAAGGCCACCCUCUGGGCGGCCACCCCGGAUGGGGUCAGCCAGCCGCGGCUGAGGCUUCCCACUUCAAUGGUGGCAGCCCUCACCCACCUUCCAGUUUUUCCUACACCCACAGCCCUCCUGGGGGGAGCACGGCCGGCCGGGACGGGGGCUACCAAAGUCCACUGUUGCUGGGUGCUGGAGGGCGUGACCAGUAUGGCAACACUCUGAUGCGUUCGGUCAAUGGAUCCUACUCCAGCCCAUACCCCACGGCUUAUGUGAACCCAGCGGAAAUGACGCCAUCUUGGCCCAGCAACCAUUUUGACAGCAGUGUCUUCCAUAGCCUCCAGACGCGACAAGCAGCCUUGCCAGGCCGGAGAUCUACGUUCGAGUUCUUGGAGGAGUUCCCUGGGGAUAGCCGAGAGUGUGUGAACUGUGGGGCCCUGUCGACCCCCUUAUGGAGGAAAGAUGGCACAGGGCAUUAUCUGUGCAACGCCUGUGGCCUCUAUCACAAACUGAACGGGACCAACAGACCACUCAUCAAGCCACAGAAACGACUGUCUACAAGUCGUCGAGCUGGUCUUUGCUGCACUAACUGUCAAACAACCACCACAACCCUCUGGAGACGGAACGCGGAAGGGGAGCCGGUGUGCAACGCAUGUGGAUUAUACAUGAAACUCCACGGGGUGCCAAGACCUCUGGCGAUGAAAAAGGAAAGCAUCCAGACCAGAAAACGGAAACCUAAAAAUGUCAAUAAAAGCAAAUCCUCAGCAAACAGUACCGCAACUUCCACCACCAGCUCUCCUUCCUCACUUACAAACUCAGAGAGCACUGUCACUUUAAAAACCGAACCUGCCAUUACACCACAAUAUCCGGGACAAGCAAUAGUGUCAACUUCACAGGGUCCAGGUCAUUCUGAAAACGGGCUGGAGGAACCUCACCCCCAAUUCAAGUAUGAGCCAGAAGACUACACCUUCCCAUCUGCCAUGUCCCAACCAUCAGGUCUAAGCGUCGGCCCCCGUCAAGACUCGUGGUGCGCCUUGGCUCUGGCCUAAACAACCAGGCCUUCUGUUCGAAAAACCGAGGAAUCCCUUCUACCAUCCUUGUGGACAUCACUGGACAGCAGAUUAAAGAUUUACGGACUGUAAUAAUCUUGUUUGGAUCUGGCAGGUUUUUUGUAAUCCGCGUGGUUUUUUGUUCCUUGGGAGAUUCCUUCCUUCCUUCUCUACGGAGGCUGCCAAUGGCAUCCCGCCUGCCAUUUUUUGCCUCUGACUCUUUUUUUUGGCCCUUGGACUCUCUAAAAGUUGAUAUUCUUUCACCAAUCAAAAAAAA